GCACAGAGCAAAAGAGGCAACUCUGAUAUGGUAGGGUGUGUGCUGUGCGUGAAGUGAUUCAGCGUGCUGUGGGAGCACACAGAGGGAGAACUUUACCCAGAUUUUGGGCAAAGUGGGUCAAAGACUCCUUGGAUGAGGUGAACCCGAGUUGAAAGCUAACAGGGUAAAGGUGCCCCUUAACUGGGUCAAGAGGCGUGAAGAGGCAGAAGGAACAAUAUACGUAAAAGCAUGAUGGAGAAACAGAAUAGUUGAGUUUGGCUGAAACACAGUUGGUGAGAGAGUGAGUAACAGAUGAGACUGAAGAGUUAGGCAAGGGCCAGGUCAUAGAGAGCAUUGUAAGCCUUUAAAAAAUAAUAAUAAACUUUUAUUUUAGAUAUGGGAGUACAUGUACAGAUUUGUUACCUGGAGAUAUUGCACCCAGGCAGGUUGCAGGUUUGUUAUAUUGGUAUAUUGCACCUAAUAGUUUUGUUAUUUCCAUGUUUAGGUCCAUGUGUACUCAAUAUUUAGCUCACAUUUAUAAGUAAGAAUGUCAGAGAUGUUUAAAACAGAGCAACUCCAUCUUGAAUAGGGGCUAGGCAAAAUAAGGCUAAGACCUGGGCUGCAUUCCCAGUAAGUUAAGGCAUUCUUAAUCACAGGAUGAGAAAGCUCUGCACAAGAUACAGGCCAUAAAGACCUUGCUGAUAAAACAGGUUGCAGUGAAGAAGCCAGCUAAAAUCCAUCAAAACCAAGAUUGCGAUGAGAGUGACCUCUGGUCGUCCUCCCUGCUAUACUCCCACCGGCAUCAUGACAGUGUACAAAUGCCAUGGCAAUGUUGGGAAGUUAGCCUAUAUGGUCUAAAAAAGGGAGGUUUGGAGAAAAACAAGGCGGAUGGCAGGAUAAGACAAGAGGCAACUGCAAUAAUGGAGACAAGGUUGAUGGUGAUUUGAAUUGAAGUUUGCCAGUAGGAAUGGAGGACAGUGGUCUGAUUCAAAACCCAACAAGACUUAGUGAUUGGAUGAAUAUUAAAGACAAGUCAGAGUGAAAGAACUAGGAAAGCCAGGUUUGGUGACAUCUUUAAAGAACAUGGAACAGCCAAAUAAGGAUUUCUGUCCCUCUCCUAAGAAAUCUUCAAGUAGCUCAACCUACUCAACAUCAAGUUACUCUUCUUCAGAGAAGAGACAGAACCUCGCCUGUUUCCUCACAAACCCACACUGUGGCAGCCUCAUUCAUGCAGAUGGCCAUGGUGAAGUGUGGACAGAUUGGAAUAGUACGUCCAAGUUUUUCCAGUAUGGAUGGAGAUGCACCACUAAUGAGAAUACCUAUUCAAACCGUACCCUGAUGGGUAACUGGAACCAAGAAAGAUACGACCUGAGGAAUGUCGUGCAGCCCAAACCCUUGCCUUCCCAGUUUGGACACUACUUUGAAACAACAUACGAUACAAGCUACAACAACAAAAUGCCACUUUCAACACAUAGAUUUAAACGAGAGCCUCACUGGUUCCCAGGACAUCAACCUGAACUGGAUCCUCCUCAAUACAAAUGCACAGAAAAGUCAACUUACAUGAAUAGCUAUUCAAAGCCUCAAGUUGGGCAUCACUCAGGUCGUAUAAGAUCCUAAUAUUGGCUAAUUUCAGCAUCCAGGUUUCUAAGAAAUGAUAAGCUACUUCACUUUUCCAGAGAAGAAUGUAGGAGGGAAGCACACUCAAGGCACAACUAAAAAUUUAGCUCAUUGCAACAGUUUCACUCUGAAUAAAUAAAGCAAAAAACACAG